ACUAAGUAACUAUUUAAAAGUGUCAAUUUGAAUCAAUUAUGGCUGAAGAAACUCAACCGAUUGAAUUUUCAUACUCCAAACAAGAUGAAUGGGCCGGCAAAUGCGGCAUGGAUUGUGACACCGCAAAACGACAGUCACCUAUUGACAUCCCGAAAUCAACCGCGUCAGUAACUGAUGACGGGAGACCUCUAUUGCAACUGAAUCAACACAAGAAAACAAUCUGGACUCUUAAAAACACCGGUACAGCGGCUGUCAUGUCAAUCAAUAAGGAGGCCGACCGUCCGAUUCUGACUGGGGGAGCUUUGAAAGGGGAGUACAAAUUCGAUCAUUUCACUUUUCACUGGGGCGCAAAAGAGGGUGAGGGAAGUGAGCAUUCCUACGAUAAGGCAAAUUUCGAUGGCGAGAUCCAUUAUCAGUUCACACUGCAAGGAGAUCCGGCGGAAGGAGAGGAUCCGGUUGUGAUUCUGUGCCUCAAUAUGAAAAUGAGGAGCGACGGAGGGAAGACGUCAAUGAUGGGGAUCCAGGAGAAACUCGGUGAGAUCAAAGAGUUCCAGGCGUCGACCGAGAUCCCGAACAGUGACUUUCUGAGAGUGAUCAUCGCUUGCUUCACUGAUAGUGACUACUUCCAGUACCAGGGAUCCCUUUGUCAUCCGCCUUGCACUGAGAACGUCACCUACAUUGUUUUCGAAAAACCAGGAGAGUUUUCAAACAUCAUGUUCGAACACUUUCGAGAGAUGAAAGGAUCUGAUGGCGAACCAAUCAAAUCCAAUCACCGCGAGAAGCGAUUUGAGCUGGGUGACCGAGCAGUUACUCGAACAAAGCAUGUAAGACGAAAGAGGUCGGAUAUGAAGUCGGGAACAAAGGCCGAAGAAGUCGCUCCAGCGGAACCGGGAGCGCCUGAAGAAGAGAGUAAGAAAGUGGGCGAAGAUGAGAAACCAGCUGAAACGAAACCCGAAGGUGAAGAAGAACCGAAACCAGAAGCCGAAGAAGCGAAGCCCGAAGACGAAGAGAAAAAGCCCGAGGCUGAGAAAAAGGAAGAAGAAGAAGAAAAUAAGGAAGAUAAACCUGCAGAAGAGUAG